GGUCUAUUUUCGUGGUCUAUUUCCUUGUCUAUCUUGUUUACUGUUAUCUAGCAGUCCGUGUAUCCACUCCACUCCAAAAUCGGAGCUUAUUUUUUAUCGUGCGGCUUGUUACAACGUGAUUUAUUGAUAGAACGGUAGCCAAGUGGGAAAUUGCAUACCGCAGUUAUGUGCUACCAUUAUCCAAAUAUAAUUGUUUUAUAGUGAUAAUAUGUCAAAACCAAACAUAAGAAAAAUAACAGUUGACCCUACGAAAUGUAACACAGACUCUCGACGACCUAGCGUAUUUGAGAGGUUGGGUACUAAACCGCCAGCUACUACUUCCACCGGGCAAAACAAUUCAGAUUAUUGCAGAAAUUGGGCUCUGAACGGCAGUUGUUCAUACGGCAAGAAUUGCAAGUACGCGAUAACGCACACACUGAUCAGUCCUUCAAAACGUGUGAAGAAAGAUAAUGCACCUGCUACUACCGUUGUGCCUAGCGAAGAUCCGUUCAAACGACUAACUUCUAAGAUUGUAAAGAAGACAUCUCAUAGCCCAGAUUUGAAUUUAGAGGAGUGGAACCAGACGGAUCUAGAGUACGAGGACGAAAAAGUUCUAGAAAGACGACGUCAGCUUUUGCAGCGUGAGCUAGAAUUACAAAUGAAGAAAGACAAGGAAGUUCAUGGAAAGGACAAGAUAUCCAAGCAUAAAAAAAAGGCUAUGAGUUCUUCUUCUAGUUCACAUAGUUCCAGCACAUCUAGUAGCAGCAGCAGCUCGAGUAGCGACGAUUCUUCCUCUAGCUCAACUUCAGAUUCCCGCAAAAAAGUUAAGAAGGUUAAGUCCAAGAGACAUCAUAGCGCUUCUUCUGACUAUGAUGAAGACAGAGAGCGGAAAAAGAAACUGAAGUUGAAAAGACUGGGAACUAAGAGUGAGAAACUCAUAGUGAAAAAAAAGCGCAAGAUUGAAGUAUGCAAUAAAAAAGAAGUUGUUGUUAAACCUACCAAGAAAGUUGCACUUCCUUCAUCCAGAAAGUAUUCUUCUGGAACACGAGCCAAGUCACCAACUAUUUCUGUCCACCCUUCUUCAAGUAAAGUCAAGGAAAGAAAUAGGAGUGAUUCUCCAAAAGCAAAGGUUAGGGAACUCGAAAAAGACAAGCAUCAUAAAAAACUUAGAGAAGAGGAGAUAUCAUCGAAAGAAAUCUUGAAAACCAAGACUGUGGAAAAAUCCAAAGAGCCUGAAAAAAGUAGAAAUCGUGUCAUUGAAGAUCGGGGUAAAGUGGAUGAUAGAUCUAAACAACGAAUUAAAGAGAAGGAAAGACGUUCUAGAACUCCUCCUAUUGAAAAACCCAAACAUCAGUAUUCGAAGGAACUUCCCACUCUUAAAUCGAGACGAAGCCGAACUCCAGAAAAACCUGUAAGAUCGAAACGUGAAGUGACUCCACCUCGUCACCAAGAUAGCAAAAUAUCUGCCGCUAGGUCCAGAGAAUCGGAUAAGAAGGAACGAGAUUUAUAUAAAGGCGAUCGUGGUAAAGACAGAGAUGAAGUUCGUAAAAAUGAACAGUCAAAGAUCAGACCUUCGACUAGCCAAGAAGAUGCUCACAGGAAAAAUUUAGCCAGAAAUAUCGAAGAAAAGGAUUAUAUUAACGAUCGCAAUCGGCAACGGAGUAAAGAGGGAAGGGAAAAAGAACAUAAUAUGAGAGAAGACAGAAGCCAUUCUAGGCUUGGUAGAGAUCAGCGGGAUUCUCAGCGUGAGAAGGAACGGGAAGAAGUACCAGAACGUUGCAGAGAUCGACAGCGAGAAAGAGAUCGUGAAAAAGAUGUGCUCAAGGUUAGGGAAAGAGAUAUACCGCCGCUCAUGGCAACAACGGCUCUCAAUCCAAUGGAUAAAAACGGGCGUUAUGCUCGCGAGAAGGAUAGGUUUAAGGAUGCGGGACUGGAGAAAAACAAUCAGCGAGACAGACGGAACGAAAGGGAUCGAGAAAGAUCAGAGAAACCUUUAGAAAGAGAUAGAGUUUUACCACGGUUCGACGCUCGCUAUGACAGGUCAUUAGACAAAGAAAUACCACCCCAUAAGCCUGUAGACAGAGAAAGACCCGAACGUUUUCCAAGAGAAAGAUCUGUGGAUCGUAUGGUUGAGAAAAAUGUGCCUCCUCUACCUCGCGAACAUCUCAUAGAACGAGAAAACCUCUUUGAUCGUGAUCGGCAUAGAAGGUUUAAUCCCAGAUUCGAUCGAGGACAUCCUGUUGAGCACGAGCGCAAGGAACCACCUCAUAUUCCACCCAAGCUAGAGAGACUUCCUGAGCGAAGAGAGGGCACUAGGCGCAGUUUAGAAAUAGAAAGAAAUUACGACAGAGGAUAUGCUCGGCUACCGCCUGAGCACUGGGAGGAGGCCGAAGAACUUCCUAGAAUAGAUUAUAGAGAUCAUCAUCCCCGGGACGAAGAAAGACGUAAACCUAUGGAGCCAAGAAGAUAUAACAGCCCAUUUGACGAAAGACGAGCUAGAGAUGAACGGCCGCCACGAUAUGCUAUGCAAAAUGAAAGGCCUUUCGAAGAUCCCCAUCACCCCAUAUUUCCUGGGGAAAAAUUAAGGCCUGGUGUAAACAGAGAUGAAAGCAGUAAUGAUAAUUGGGACGUUCAUCACGAGUUGGAGCAUGGCAGCCGAGAUAGAAACUACCAAAAUCCUGAUUGGGAAGAACGAGAGUGGAGAGCGGCAAGGCCUCAAAUGUGGGAGAGAGAAAGUCCCCCACGCUCCGAGGUACAUGAGGAAGAGUGGGCUCCGCGUUAUGACAGUCCGAUGCCUGAAUGGAAGAUAAAUGAAGGCAGAAAAUGGGAAAACCAACCACAUAUUCGAGGUCCUUUCAGAAAUGAUAGAAUCAAGGAAAUUGACUUGGCGGAAUUGCAUAACAAACGUCGCCCACCUUUUGGGACCCCAGAGCUUAGAGACGAGUGCUCUACUCAUGGUUCUAAACAAGGAUCUUUGCAUGGCAGUAUGAAGGAGGAACCCAUAAAUAAGAAACUGAUGGAAUUAGCAGAGGGAAGGCUCAGAAGGAGCAGAGAAAAGUCGAUUGAAAAUUUUCAGAAGAGAAUUCCUCCGCGAGAAAAGUCGGAAGUUAAAGAAUCACCUUUGGCUGUCGAAGCUAAACGUCCAUGUUUGGAUGAAUCGCUUCAAACUUUACAUACUGAGAGUGAUCUUAGUGAUAUAAGCGAUGAUCCUGACGAUAUCUUGAAUAUGGAGGAAGAGGAAAUUGAGACCCCAAAAUUGCCACUGCCCAACAAAGUUCCUGAGCCAACUGAUAAAGAUGUUUUACCUCCUGUACCAAUUCAAGAACCGCCUCAAUUAUCGCCCAAAGACAUUGUCGAAGAAUCAAUAUUCACUAAGGAGAAAGAUACGAAUGAGCCAAUAGAAUUCAGAAAUAUAGAAGAAGAUAAUAUUGAAAAUAUGGAUUUCGAAGAAAUAUCUGAUGGAGAAUUGGAAGAGGAUAUUAAAACGAGUGGCAAAGGUUUAGGAGAUGCUCUAGGUGUGGACUGGGAAAGUCUGGUUAAAGAAUCUCAGCCACGCCGACUUGCCACUAUAACAUUAGAUACUGCUCAAAGUCGCUGGCAAUGCAAAGCUAUAUUCCAGCGUAUUGGAAUUUCUGUGAAGUAUGCAGGGGCUGAAGUAAUAGAGUCUCUCACAAAAAAAUACUGCACAGACAACGAUUCAGAUAAGUUACUCCUACAUGACGUCGCACUUUUACACACUUCGCUUGUUAGGAAGCAAUUCAUGAAUCACGCGGCGAGAGCUUUAUUAGUCAACGAUGAUUUGUUGCACAGAAAUUAUGUCGAGGCAAAUGAAGAAGAAGAUGAAGAAGUUCUAAAGCCCUCUACGAGUCUAUAUGAAGAAGCAAAAAUGUUAUUACAGCGAGUUGGAUGAAUAUCGUUUCAAAUCUAUUUCGGUCGAAACUGUAUGUAUAUACGACUUUAUUUUCGUGUACAGAUACUAAGCAAUCAAUAGAUGUAGUUAUAUUUGCAAUAUCAGUCAGAUACAUUGAUGAUGUGACAAUUGAAAAUAGUUUUUCGCAUAAUUAUGGGGAUAUUGCAUUUAAGCUUGAUUGAAGUCAACUUCUUUCGCUUUUUCUGUAACAGAAAUGACUGUGGGCAAAUUUUCAGGUGCCGUUACGUCAUUUUUUAAUAUAAGUACUGCUGUGGUCAGCAGAUUUUGCUUUUCAUCGUCACCCUGAAAUUCAUUUCGAGAUAAUCAUAUUAAAUAGUCUAAACAUUUUUAUCAA